AUGUGGGGGCUUCGCUCCUCCUCUAGACCGACCAAGCACUCGUCUCCGAGGCCAUCUAAGGAUGAUACGGUUGCUGAAGCCUACUCCCUGACUUGGUUAAUGUGGGGGCUUCGCUCCCCCUCUAGACCGACCAAGGACUCAUCUCCCAUGCCACCCCAUGUCCGUGACCACAGCACUGACGAGUAUCUGGCCCAGGGGCUCUUCUUCCGUGAGGAGGCAGUGCAAGUAGGUAAGACGAUAACCUUAUACUUCCCUUUGGCAGCCAGCGCACCGCUCGGGCUACUGCCGCGCCAUGUGGCGGACUCCAUUCCAUUCUCGACGUCCUCGCUGCCGAGCGCCCUCGCUCGGCUCGGUGUCGCCACGAACUCCGUGCAGGCAGCCAACAUGGAGGAGACGCUAUACAUGUGUGGCCUGCCACCAAAGGCAGGUGAGGCCAAAUUCUGCGCUACGUCGCUGGAAGCCCUGGUCGAGGGUUCCAUGGCGGCGCUUGGCACCCGCAACAUCCGGCCGAUGACCUCCGACCUGCCCCGUUCAGGGGCACCUAAGCAACCGUACACCGUACGAGCUGUACACCCGGUGGAUGGGUCGAGCUUCGUGUCAUGCCACGACCAUAACUACCCGUACACCGUCUACAUGUGCCAUAACACACCCGCGACGAGGGCGUACAUGGUGGAGCUGGAGGGUGCCGGUAGUGGCCUUGUCGUCACUGUUGCCGCGAUUUGUCACACUGACACGUCCCACUGGGACGCCGAGCAUUUCUCCUUCAAGGUCCUCGGCACCAAGCCUGGCGCCGGACCAAUCUGCCACUAUCUGCCGUAUGGGCACAACGUGUGGGUCAAGAAGGAGGCAAAUCGCUCGUCAUCCUAA